AUGGCAGCAUCCCUCAUUCAGUUGGCCAAGCGAGCUCUUGUUUCAGUACUGCUGGCGUUAGCUCAGCAGUAUGGGGUCCGCUUGCAGAUCUCCCGCGAAAGCGCUGAUGGUCAUGUCGAAUCUGCCUUUCGGUCUUUGGUGAAGAAGGUGCACCCAGACAAGGGAGGCAAUGUUGGUGAAAUGCAGCGCCUGCAGAAGGCCAUGGAAGAGUGGAGAUCGGCUAAAGCGAAGAGUGCUCGGGUUGGAGGACGGCCAGCGAGGACAGCCGUGGCGCUGCUUGGUGAUGGGGAGAAGAAGAAACGCUCCUGCAAGAUUCUCUCUUCUGCAGUGUUGCUGACCUAUCACGGUGUUGAGGUAGAUGUUUGGCAAGCUUUUGUUUGCUUUGUGAAAGACCAUUUGCUUGAGUGGGGUGUCGUAAAGUGGUGUGCCUCGAUGGAGCGAUGUGAAUCGGGCAAGCCCCACACGCACCUCAUGGUUCAAUUCUUUGCCGCCCGACAGGAUCGUGAAGUGGAUGCUUUUUCUUUCCACGGCGCUAGACCAAACGCCAGCUCCACGGAUGUGUGUGGGGAAGGUCUCUGUCGGAAGCAACUGCAGCGAUCCAUCGACCGCGGUAUGUUUUAUGUCUUCGCAGACAAAAUUGGAACUGUGUUUGACGAUGAUGGGCUGCCUUUCACAACAGGCAAUUACUUGCCAUGCUGGGUUUCCUGCGAGAAGACAUACCAGGUACUUGGGAAAUGGCCAGAAACCUUGUGGAAACAGCGGAAGAUUUCUUCGGUGACCUAUGAAAGGCUCUUGUUUUUAUCCCGAGAUGGAGUGGUUUCGAGGAAGCGAAACUUAGAGGCCUGCCUAGAGCACGAGGAAGCUCAUGCGUUGAGAUUGGAGGUGGACCAAAGAUCGGCUAGGAUCCGCUCCAAUCCCCAGUUGUACCGCCCUUUUGCAAAAGUUCCUCAAGCAGAGGAAUGGCUGCAAAUGUUUGAGGUCGAUGCCUUGCGGUAUCCGAUCAUGGUCGUUCUCGGGCCGUCCCGCGCUGGAAAAACAGAGUGGGCAAAAAGCCUUUUCCAGAAUCCCCUUGAACUCAAAAUAGGGACUUUGGAGUUCUUCCCGGACGCCAUGCGCAGCUUUAAGCGCGGUGUGCAUGACGGUCUAGUAUUAGAUGAUGUCAGGGAUUUACAAUUUCUGGUGAACCACCAGGAGAAGCUCCAAGGCAAAUAUGAUUGCUUGGUUGAGUUCGGCUCAACUGCAGGUGGCGCGUGCGCGUACCACCGUGACCUAUUUGGUGUGCCUGUUGUGGCCACAGUGAACUUUUCAACCAAGCGGUUGGAGUAUUUGGAGUCGCACGAUUGGCUAGCCAAUCCUGGUAACAGGGUCUUGGUGAACUUGUGA